AGGGUUCAGCCAUAUUCCCCGGAGCAGCUCCACCGGCUGUCGGCUCCGAACUGACCCGAGACCUGCUAAUCCUCCACCGGCCGCUCUCCCGGUUCCGACGGACAUUUUAAACAAGGCCGCGCUCGGCCCGCAGCUCCCGGACACGUCACUGACAGCGAGCGGCGGACAUGGAGCCGAGGACCUGAGUCCAGAUUUACGGGAUUAGACCGGAUGUGGAGCGCGGAGCGACGCGGGCCUGCAGCCUGAGCGGCUCUUAGCGCGACGGAACCCGGCAGAGACACCGACACGCAGCGGCUCAAAAUGUCCUUCCCCCGGAGCUAACGAGCUAGUUGCAGCUAGCAGCCUGCGCUCGGGCCACUCGGCAGGAAGCGGCCCCGACACUCGGACCCCAUCGGCCGGGGCUUGUCGUCGGAGAGGCAGCGGGAGCGGCGGGCGCUCGUCCCGGGCCAGGAUGUCGGCUCAGGUCCGUCUGAAGCGGCUGGAGGAGCUGCUGCUGGAGCAGCCAGGGGCCGGAUGUGUGAGCGUGGAGGCGCUGCUCGACCUGCUGCUCUGCCUCAGCUCCGAGUGCUCCAGCGGGCCAAUGAAGAGGGAGAAGCACAUCACCGACUUCCUGGAGUGGGUGAGACCCUUCACCACCACAGUGAAGGACCUGAGGCUGCACAGGGAUGAUUUUGAGAUGCUGAAGGUGAUUGGACGAGGAGCUUUUGGAGAGGUUGCAGUGGUGAAGAUGAAACACACAGAGAGAGUUUACGCCAUGAAGAUCCUCAACAAGUGGGAGAUGUUGAAGAGAGCAGAGACUGCGUGUUUCCGUGAAGAGCGUGACGUCCUGGUGAAAGGAGACAGUCAGUGGAUCACCACUCUGCACUACGCCUUCCAGGACGACAACUACCUGUACCUGGUAAUGGAUUACUACGUUGGUGGAGACCUGCUGACUCUGCUCAGUAAGUUUGAGGAUCGUCUUCCGGAGGACAUGGCGAAGUUCUACGUGGCAGAGAUGGUUCUCGCCAUCCAUUCCAUCCACCAGCAGAACUACAUCCACAGAGAUAUUAAACCUGACAACGUCCUGCUGGACGUCAACGGUCACAUCCGUCUGGCCGACUUCGGAUCCUGCCUCCGCAUGAUGGAGGACGGCACGGUCCAGUCCUCGGUGGCGGUGGGAACUCCGGACUACAUCUCCCCUGAGAUCCUGCAGGCGAUGGAGGACGGGAUGGGACGCUAUGGACCUGAGUGUGACUGGUGGUCCCUGGGAGUCUGCAUGUACGAGAUGCUGUACGGAGAAACGCCGUUCUACGCAGAGUCGCUGGUGGAAACUUACGGAAAGAUCAUGAACCAUGAGGAGCGUUUCCAGUUCCCCUCCCACGUGGCUGACGUGUCAGAGGACGCCAAAGACCUGAUCCAGCGCCUGCUCUGCUCCAGAGAUCAUCGGAUCGGUCUGAACGGGAUCUCCGACUUCAAGAGCCACGCGUUCUUCACUGGGAUCAACUGGGACAACAUCCGGUCGGCUGAGGCCCCCUACAUCCCCGACGUGUCCUCGCCCACUGACACCUCCAACUUUGAUGUGGACGAAGAUGUCCUCAAGAACCCGGAGAUCGCCCCCCUAGUGUCUCACACUGGUUUCACUGGUCAGCACCUCCCCUUCGUUGGCUUCACCUACACCACCGACAGCUGCUUCUCCGACCGCAGCUCCGUCAGCGGGGCAGGGCACAGCCGCCGCCCGGAAACGGAAGGAGGGGUGGGGGGAGGUGAAGAGGUGGAGGCGUUUGAGAGGAGGAUCCGCCGUCUGGAGCAGGAGAAGCAGGAACUGAACCGAAAACUGCAAGAGUCGACUCAGGCGCUGCAGGCCCCGACUCGAGGAGGAACUCUGACCCGAGACAAAGAGAUCAAGAAACUGAACGAGGAGAUCGAGCGGCUGAAGAAGAAGCUGGCAGACUCUGAUAGGCUGGAGCACCAGCUGGAGGAGGCGGUCACACUCAGACAGGACUAUGAGAGCUCCGCCUCCAAACUGAAAAGUGUGGAGAGACAGGUGAAGACACUGAGACAAGAGAAGGAAGACGUCCAUAAGCAGCUGUCCGACUCUCUGGAGCGUCUGAGGAGUCAGACCAAGGAGUUGAAGGAAGCUCACUCUCAGAGGAAGUUGGCGGUGCAGGAGUUCUCAGAGCUGUCAGAGAGGAUGUCCGAGCUCCGGACCUCCAAACAGCGUCUGUCCCGUCAGCUCCGGGACAAAGAGGAGGAGAUGGACGCCCUCCUGCAGAAGAUGGAAGCCAUGAAACAGGAGAUCCGCAAGACCGAAAAGAACCGCAAGGAGCUGGAGGCUCAGCUGGACGACACCAAGGCCGAGGCCUCGAAGGAGAGGAAGCUGAGGGAGCACAGCGAGGUCUACUCCAAGCAGCUGGAGACGGAGCUGGAGAGCCUGAAGUCUCAGCAGGGUCGGGGAGUUGCCGUGGGGGGUGCAGAGUCUCAGCAGGAGCUGUCCCGUCUGAAGGCGGAGCUUGAUAAGAAGGUGUUGUUCUAUGAGGAGGAGCUGCUGAGGAGAGACUCCGCCCACUCCUCAGAGAUCAAGAACCUACGCAAAGACCUGCAGGAGUCUGAGGGGGCGCAGCUUGCUGCCAACAAGGAGCUGCUGCAGGUCCGAGACAAGCUGGACAAGGGCAAGAGGGACAGACAAACUGAGAUGGAUGAAGCUGUUGUGACUCUGAGGGAAAACUUUGAGCGAGAGAAAAAUUUGUUGACGGUAGAAAACAGGAAAAUGACAGUGGAGACGGACAAGUUGUGUGCGUUCGUGGACCAACUAACGGCUCAGAACCGUCAGCUGGAGGAUGAGCUUCAGGAUGUGUCCUCGAAGAGAGAGAGCGUCGCUCACUGGGAGGCGCAGAUCGCUGAGAUCAUCCAAUGGGUGAGCGAUGAGAAGGAUGCUCGAGGUUACCUUCAGGCUCUGGCCACCAAGAUGACGGAGGAACUGGAAACACUACGCAGCUCCAACCUGGGGACCAGACCUCUGGACCCGCUGUGGAAGAUGCGUCGCAGUCAGAAGUUGGACAUGUCGGCUCGUCUGGAGCUUCAGUCGGCGCUCGACGCUGAGAUCAGAGCCAAACAGCUGGUUCAGGAGGAGCUGCGCAAAGUCAAAGCUGCCAACAUCAACCUGGAGAGUAAGGUUAAGGAGUCGGAGGAGAGGAGCAGGGAGAUGGGGGAGCAGAUGGAGAAUCUGAAGAAGGAGAUGGAGGAGAGUGGUUCCCGCUCAGAUAAAGGUCUGAAGCUUCCGGAUUUCCAAGACUCCAUCUUUGAGUAUUUCAACACGUCACCUCUGGCUCCAGACCUGACCUUCAGAACCUCAGACUUAGACUCCACCCACCAGAUAUCAGAGACCACGCCCCCCUCCCCCUCAACCACAUCCGAACACGAGGAAGUUAAAGCAGCAUCAUUCCCAGCAAGCCCCUCCCUCACCUACCAGAGCUCAGCGAUGACCACACCAAAGCCCAAAGCUCAUCAGCUGAGCAUCAAGACGUUCUCCAGUCCAACUCAGUGCACACACUGCACCUCACUGAUGGUGGGACUCAUCCGCCAGGGCUAUGGCUGCGAAGUGUGUUCCUUCAUCUGUCACAUUUCCUGUAAAGACCACGCCCCCCUGGUCUGUCCAAUCCCAGCAGAACAGGCCAAGAGGCCUCAGGGCAUUGACGUGCAGAGAGGCAUCGGCACUGCGUACAAGGGAUACGUGCGGAUCCCUAAGCCCAGCGGAGUGAAGAAGGGCUGGCAGCGGGCGUUCGCUGUGGUCUCUGACUGCAAACUGUUUCUCUACGAUGUCCCAGAAGGGAAGUCCACGCAGCCGGGUGUGGUGGCCAGUCUGGUCCUCGACCUCAGAGAUGAGGAGUUCUCCGUCAGCUCUGUCUUGGCAUCAGAUGUGAUCCACGCCACCAGGAAAGACAUCCCCUGCAUCUUCAGGGUGACAUCAUCGCAGCUGAUUUCGCAGAUGUCGUCAGUGUCUCUGCUGGUCCUGGCAGAGAGUGAGCUGGAGAAGAAGAAGUGGGUCCGGAUCCUCGAGGGUCUGCAGAACAUCCUGACCAAGAACCUGCUGAAGAGCCAGCCAGUCCACGUUCUGCACGAGGCCUACGACGCGUCGCUGCCGGUCAUUAAGACCACGCUGUCCGCCGCCGUGCUCGAUCGAGAGAGGGUCGCUCUGGGAACAGAAGACGGACUGUUUGUGGUGGAGGUCACCAGAGACGUGAUCGUGCGAGCCGUCGACUGUAAGAAGGUUUCUCAGAUCGAUUUGAUCCCGAAUGAGAAGAUCGUGGCUCUGCUCUGUGGUCGGAAUCGUCACGUUCACCUUCUCCCCUGGGCGGUGCUGGAAGGCGCAGAGCCUGCCUUUGACUUUAAGCUGACAGAAACCAAAGGCUGCCAGGCUGUGACCACAGGGGUCCUCCGACCUGGGGGCCCCGCCUGCCUGCUGGCUGCUGUCAAACGCCAGGUUCAGUGCUAUGAGAUUACUCGUGCAAAGCCCCACCAUAAGAAACUGUGGGAGGUUCAGGCCCCCGGCGUGGUGCAAUGGUUGGGCAUGGUGAAGGAGCGGCUGUGUGUCGGGUAUCCUUCGGGCUUUGCUCUGCUGGCCCUGCAGGGCGAGUCUUCUCCCAUCAGCCUGGUGAGCCCUGGUGACCCGUCGCUGGCCUUCCUGGCCCAGCUGUCCCUGGACGCACUGCACGCCCUGGAGGUCGGAUCCAGUGAGCUGCUGCUCUGCUUCAGCCAGCUCGGCAUCUACGUGGACGGACAGGGCCGCCGGUCCCGGACCCAGGAGCUGAUGUGGCCGGCCACGCCCCUCGCUUGUAGCUCCAACUCGUCCCACCUGACGGUCUACAGUGAGUAUGGAGUGGACGUCUUCGAUGUACAAACCACUGAGUGGGUCCAGACAAUCUCCCUCCGCAAGAUCAGACCUCUAAAUGUCGAAGGAACAUUAAACCUGCUGAGUUCAGAACCUGCUCGACUGAUUUACUUCAGUAACACGUCCUCAGAGGGCGACCUCACCAUCCCGGAGACGUCGGACCACAGCAGGAAGUUGAUGGUUCGAACUCGCAGCAAGAGGAAGUUUCUUUUUAAAGUUCCUGAGGAGGAGCGACUUCAGCAGAGGAGGGAGAUGCUCAGGGACCCGGAGCUCCGGUCCAGGAUGAUUUCUAACCCGACAAACUUUAACCACGUUGCUCACAUGGGACCAGGAGAUGGGAUGCAAGUUCUCAUGGACCUUCCUCUGAUUGGUGAUGGUGCCUGCCUCUCGCCCUCCCCCUCUCCCUCUCCCUCUUCCUCCUCCUCCCGUCACACCCUCAUCUCUCCUCCCUCCAACUUUGAGCACGUCUAUCACAUGACGUCGGCAUCGGCCGGCGCCUUCUUGCAGAAAGACGCCUCCUCUUCCUCCUCCUCCCAGCAGAGCCUCCUGCAGCCCUCCUCCUCUUCCUCCUCUCCCUCCAUCUCCUCUUUGGGAAGGAGUGUGAUGCCCUCCUCUCAGGACGACUCAUUGAAAGAUAAGCCCCGCCCCCUGUCCAGUAUCUCCCGGCAACACAGAAGCAAGACGCACAUCACCCGCACCGCAUCAGAUUUUGGGGGUGGAGCUCGUAGCGUCUCUGAACUCGACCAGGACCUGGACCGAGAGCCGGACUCAGACUCGACCAAACACUCGACUCCCUCUAACAGCUCCAACCCCAGCAGCCCUAACUCGCCCCACCGCAGCCGCCUCACCCUGGACAGCCUGGACUUUGAGCCCUAAGGCCCCGCCCCCUGCACACAUGAAGGGCUGAGGCAGCCAAUCAGGCUGCAGACAGAGACUUAACAUUUUACUCUGAUGAUUUUAUUGUGACGGGAUCAGUCUGAGCUUCCUGCUGCUUUUACUUUUUGGGAUUUUACCUGCUGGGAAGCCCCACCCCCUGAUAUUAACCCCGCCCCUGCUGACUGCUGCUGUGUUGACCUUUACUCUGAUUGGCUCCGUGGGACCAAUCUCCUCCUCCUCACCCCUACAGAACUUUGAGCUGAGCUUUAGCCUUUAGCUGCUGAGGUGGAACAGCCUGACGGACGGAGGUCUCCCUCUGAUGGAAAAACACUGUAUGAAAUGACGUUAAAGUUUUGUUAAGUUGCACAUCUUCAUCAUUUUAUUCGUUGUGGUUGUAGAAAAAUUCUUUAAUUUUGUGUCAAUGAUAAUCUUUCCCGACCCCGCCCUCUGACUUCAGGUGGGUGGGGUCACACCUUAACACUACUGCUUCUUCCAGAAUCACCAGGUAAAAUGUUUGUAACUAAACGUUUAGCAGCCGAACACAAACACAAUAAAAGUAUCUGAAGAGA